AUGGAUACCUCCUCGGUCCCUCUUCUCGACUACAGCCUGCAGUACCAGUGGUGCUCCGACUCGGACUUCUCCAGCAUGUCCUCUCCAGAGACCCUCUCCCCUGUCCACUCCAUGGACUCCAGCCUCUCUCCUUCCUACCAGCAGCCCCCACAGUCCACUCCUAAGGCAGCUAAGACUGGAUAUUCCCAAAGCUUCAAGUCCUCGCCCUGUUCCCUGUCUGGACGAGGCCGCAAGACGGGCCGAGCCCCCCGGAUCAGAAGCAAGCAGAGGGAGAGCGCCAGCGAGAAGGAGAAGCUGAGGAUGAGGGAUCUGACCAAGGCUCUGCAUCACCUCAGAUCCUACCUCCCACCCUCAGUGGCCCCCGCUGGACAGACCCUGACCAAGAUCGAGACCCUCCGCCUUACCAUCCGCUACAUCUCCUACCUGUCGGCCCAGCUGGGCCUCAGCGAGGAGGUGCUGUUUCAGAGGCGGGAACAGGGAGACACGUCAGCCAGUGACGCCUCCUCACCCGACAUCCUCAGCUACUUCCAGAACGCUUCCACAGGAGGACAGGAGAGCCAGAUGCAGAGCCAGAACCUGAACCAGAGCCUGUACCCGACCCAGUGUUACGGCCAGAGCACCCUGCUGCAUUCUGGGAACUGCAGUUUUGGAGUGGAUCAGUACAGCAGACAGUACAGCGAAGCUCCUCAGAGAGACAUGAGCAUGGACGCCAUCCUGCAGUCGCCUCCAGCCUCGCAGCCCUCCUGUCAGAUGUGCGGCAAAGACUUCUGCAUCCCCCUGGCUCAGAGAGAGUACUGGGGCUAA